CUCAGCGGCCACAGAGUGCAUCACCACUGCUGCAACGCAAUGCCAUUGCUACCUAGUGCAGACUGGGUGUGUGCUGCAUCGUAGAUCGCAGAAGUCUGGAAGACGCAGCCAGGACACGAACUCGCGCAAUGCGACAGGAUUGCUGCAAACUACGACCAGUGGCUCGCAUCAGCUUUAGACCCUUUUUCACAAGAAAGGCAGCUUGCAGGCAUUCACACAUAUUUCCAUCUUCUCACGUCCACCAUGAACAACAGCCGACGUGACGUGAGCUCCCCGGGCGUCAACACCGCGCUCGCGCCGUGGCUACCCAUCCCGUCUCGCGCUGUCUCGGCCAUCGAGCAUCCAUGCAUCAUCAAAAAUGUUGACAAGGGCAUCACCUCUUUGGGCGGGCCAGUCAAGCUGAGCAAGGGUCUGAGAUCCAGACUGGAGACAAACACCAAUCCUGAUGGUGACGAUGACCUCAAAAAGCUCAUCUCUGUGUCACUGCGGCCAAACGACCCUUUCGCCAAGCGUUUGCUGUCAACGCCGGUAACAACCAACAAUCUACUACUGAAGGUAACAGUGCCCAGGCGAACUGGCAGAAAACGGAAGCGUGGUACUACAGGUCCGUUCUUACCGGAAGACGGACCUGAGGGAGCGAGUAGCACCUAUAUGGAAGCUUCAGACGUCUAUCGAACUUUGCAGGACAAUGCCUCAACAUACCAAGUGGCGCUGGCUGGUAUCGUCGACGAGACCCAUCGUUUUCGAGCCAUGCCGGACUUGCAGUACACAGCAUCUCAGAAUGAUGUGAUGAUCGGUCUCCGAGACUAUGUCUUGCCUGCACGCUAUGCCAGUCUGAAGCAGUAUAACUUGGACACCGCGGCUGGCGCGGACUUCACCAAGAGCGUUGGUCCCUCAGCAGAGUUUCUACAGAUGCCCGUUGCAUUCAACUACAAGUUCCAACAAAACGCUUACGUCAAGUAUACUGAUCAGGGCGCGAUCAACUUGCAAAGACGCUUCCAGUACAGUAGCUACAUUAUUCUCAAGCCUACCGACGAUAAUGUGCCAACAAAACCCAAAUCCACUCUGCAACCAGAGUCAUCCCUUACGCCUUAUCUACAGACGCUUGUUGCCCAAAUCAAGGAUCUGCUGAAAGAACGACCUAUCAUCACGCGCCACAUGCUCUACAACAAACUUGGUUGGGAUAAGCGCACUCGAUUGCGACAAGCCGCUGUGUAUUGCGGCUAUUUCUUCGAGAGUGGGCCCUGGCGAGAGGCACUUGUCGCUUGGGGAGUCGAUCCUCGCAAAAACCCCCUAUACCGAAAGUACCAAACUGUCUCAUUUAUGUCUUACAAGAAACGAGGUAUUGCUAGGCAUCAUGAUGCGUUCGACAAGCACAUCCAGGAGCUGGGUCGGAUGACAGCAGAACAGCUCGAGCAUCAGCAUACGUUCGACGGCGUCCAUGCCUCAGAAACAGGUAACACAUUCCAGUUUUGUGAUAUUACCGAUCCGCUCCUUGCCGGAAUACUGGCAACAAAUGACAUCCGGACAAAUUGCGCUCCAACCUUUCAAGGAUGGUACCACGUAGGCACCUGGGCCAAAGCAACCGUCAUAUUGAAGGACAAGAUGAAUGAAAUCAUAGGCGGUGAGUUACCUGACGAUUCUUUGUAUCAGCGCAUCUGUCAGUGGCCAGAACUCUGGGACGACAAGGAGAUCUAUGAUAGCUACAGAGAUGAGGUCAACGACCGCGAGAUGCAUGGAGCAAGACGACGCGAACACCAAGUCAUGCAUAGCGUCCGUAUUGCUGCAAGGAACCCACGAUACGCGUUUGAGAAGAUGGAGAAGGACACAAUAAGCAGUACAGACGAAAGCCCCGCCACAGCCCUUGCAGAGGACGCAGAGAUUCCCGAAGAUCUGACCGAAUAUCCGGACGACCCAGAUACAGCAGAAGCAACUUCAACUGAGGUUGCAGAGACUGUUGAGAACAGUGAUAGCGAAGACGAUGAGGAUGACGAUGAGGACGAAGAUGAGGAUGAAGGAGAGCAUGGAGAACAUGGUUUAGAUCAGGAAGUUUCCGGGGAAGAUGAGGAAGAAGAAGAUGAUUAUGAUCAAGCGGUCAUUAUGUCUGCACGAGCAGUCUCAGAGGGACCGAUGCCAUUCGGUGGAUUGUACAAAGUAUAGCGGGUUUGAACAGAUUGUAGGCUGUUCAGAGAAUUUCACGGCAGCGACACUUUCACUUCUACCUGAUUCUAUGAGCCAGUCUUAAUCCACAAUGACGAUGUUAUGGCAAACGAUACCGAUGUUCGUGACUGGAGA